UACAAAACCCUAUUUACCAAAAAUUGUUACUUUUUAUGUUGGAAAUAUCAUGGCUGACGUUUAUGUUUAUACUCGUUUAUGUAUGUUAUUUUGAGGUUCCUUUGUUGUGCUGUGGCAUUUUGUGGUCCUCUUUAUUUGGAAACUGGGUUUGUGAGCUUUUUAUGCCAUUGGUUUGAAGCAAUACUUUUAUGUCUUAGUGUUGGCAUGGAAGGUUGAGUUUUAUCUGUAAUGGGUAUGUGGGUUAUCUUUGAAAUUGCUUUGUGUUUAAGGUUUAUAAUUGGUGCUGGUAGAGUGGACCUUUCCAUGUUCAACAUGAAGACUUUUAUUCAUGUGUAGCUCCAUGUAGGAUUGAAACGGCGUUCGACACUGACCCAAUUGUUCAUGUUCAGUCACUUCCAUUUUUUCUUCAAAUUAUUAGCGGUGUCGUCUACGUGUCAGUUUAUGUUUUGUGCUUCUUAAGUUUGGUAAGAUGUGAUAUAGCUUCUAUUUUUGUCUUCUGUUAAGCAUGUACAUGUUAUUAUUGGAUAAUGUGGUUCCCUUAUUUGUGUGGAUGCCCUUGGCUUUCCAUCUUUUUUUCUAUUAUAUCUUCUGCUUUAUGGACUUAUUGGAUAGUGUGGUUGUCUUAUCUUCUACAUUUGUGGGGUACCUUUGAGGCUUGUGUCUUUUCACUUUCUUUCAUAUGUUUGUUAAUAUGUUGCUAUCAAGGAGAAGCUUUAUCUGCUUGAAGCUACCUUAUUUUGAUUUGAAGAGUUUCUUAGUCUUUCUUCUCAAAAUACUGUUACCGAUAAUAUAGUUUAAGGCUUAAGCACUAGCUUAGUGAUAGGUUUUUAGUAUAUUUGAAUAUCGGAGGCCCAAGUUUCUUGUGAAAGAAGGCAUUUUGAAAGUAAAUGCAUGGAUCACGCGGACCAUAUGGCGUCUUACUAUAUGCAGCAGAGAGGACUUGCUGGUUCUGGAGCACAACCCGAGUUACAUGUUUCAUCGAGUUUUAAUCAUCUGUCUAAUCCCAAUCUACAAUUUCAAUCCAGCAUUGGUGGUGGUGGUAGUAACAUUGGAUCCACAUUACCUUUAGAAUCUUCGGCAAUUUCAUCUCAAGGCGUCAAUGUGAGUGGUCCUACCGGGGUACAGUCCGGGGAAACUGUAAAAAGGAAGAGAGGAAGGCCGAGAAAAUAUGGUGCUGAUAGAGUUGUGUCAUUGGCUCUUAGUCCAAGUCCAACACCGUCUAGUAAUACUGGAACCGUGACGCAAGAUGGCCCGAAACGAGGGAGAGGGCGUCCACUUGGGAGUGGGAAGAAACAGCAAUUGGCUUCUUCUGGUGAGUCGAUGCACGGUUCAAAUUGGACGACAUUCACUCCUUUGACGAUCAACAUUGCAAGUGGAGAAGAUAUUGCACCAAAAAUCAUGGAAUUUUCUCAGGAGCGGGCUACUGCUGUAUGUGUUAUUUCAUGUCAUGGCAGGGUCUCGAGCGUGACCCUUCGUCAGCCUUCAACUCAAGGUGGCACUAUCACACAUGAGGGAAAUUUCGACAUUUUGUGCAUGUCUGGCUCUUACUUGCCUACUGAGACUGGCAGCUUAAUGGACCGAACUGGUGGAAUAAGUGUUAUGCUUAGUAAUUCUGAUGGCAGUCUCUUUGGUGGAAGAGUUGCUGGAGUGAUUGCUGCUGCUGGGCCUGUCCAGGUGAUGGUUGGGACCUUUCUCAUUGGAAGAUUGAAGGUAAGGAACAACAAGAGAAAGGAACGCUCAAAUGAUGCAGAACUGGCUGCUGAAUCCUCUCAGCAAGGAGCUCGCAAUCCUGGUGCACCGAACAACAUUUCAUCUAGUCAGAAUCUGACUCCAACCUCAUCCUUAAGCCCUUGGUCGUCAGCAGCAGCAGCAUCGCGUCCAAUGGAGAUGCGUGAUUCCAAUGCUGACAUUGAUUUAAUGCGCGGUUGACGCGCAUUGUGUAUAUCUGUUUCAGGCUCAUGACAGUAAGUACCAACAUCAGGAUAGAGCAACCUGACUGAUAAAUCUCACUUAGCUACUCUUCAUCCAUGAUUUCACUUGGUGUUGUCAUGAUUUUAAGCUGUGAGGAAUUUUAAAAUGUGAUGGUUUCAUGUUCCUGAUUGGUGAUAAUAAUAAAUGGCCUGUUUGAAUAAAAUAACUUUGAGAAUGCAAGUGUGUCAAUUUUAUUUGA